UGAUUUAAGAUCCCAAGUGAAGCACUUCAACCUGUGAUGGUAUGGGUUCAUGGAGGUGGCUUCUUGUGUGGUUCUGGUAACAGCGACAUGUACAAUCCGGAAUAUUUGCUUACCCAAAAUGUUGUUGUUGUGACCUUUAACUACCGCUUAGGUAUUUUGGGCUUUCUCGGUUUUGAAGACAAGUCUUUGGAAGUUCCCGGAAACGCUGGUUUAAAGGAUAUGGUGAUGGCAUUGAAAUGGGUUCAAAAAAAUAUUUCUCAAUUUGGUGGUGAUCCGAACAACGUUACCGUUUUUGGGCACUCAGCGGGAUCCGCAGCUGUGAAUUUUCUAAUGCUUUCGCCAACAGCAAAAGGACUUUUCCACCGGACAAUAUUACUAAGUGGAACUGCAACUAGCUUUUGGGCAAUUGGAGUCAAGUGCGCUCAACAAAUUGCGUCUACUUUGGGAUGUUCAAGCUCGAAUGAGCGUGAAAUUUUGGACUUUCUACGGAAGCAGGACGCAGAAAAACUAGUAAAAGUACAAGAUAUUCUAAAAGAUGAAGUUGUGCCUGCAAAACCCAGAUUUUAUUGUCCAAGUGUCGAAACACCAAAUCCAACAGCGUUUAUUACGGAAAGACCUCUGGAUUUAUUAAAAUCAGGAAAUUUUAUUAAAGUUCCUGUGAUGCUUGGAUAUACGUCAGAAGAGAGUAUAUUUUUUGAAUUUUUCCAAGAGAUCGUGAGCUCGCACAAAUUCACAAAUUUGGAAGAAACGAUUCCGUACGACUGGGGAAUUAAAAUGGGAAGUAAAGCAUCGAAGUUGAUGGCCAAUGAAAUCCGAAAACAUUAUUUUGGCGACAAAGACCCCUCUGCAAACGAAUGCAUACAAAAUCAGUACACAGUAUGUCACAAUCAUUGUAAUUAAAGCACACUCAUUAUUUUCAGUCAACUUUCAAAAAAGGAGGUUCUCAAUUCGAC